UCCGUUCCCACCAGCCUGUCGGCUCUUCCCCCGAAUGCUAGCGCCGCCGCUGGAGCGCCCUGCCCGACUCCGAGAUGGCUACCGCAAGCACGGGGCGGCACUCUGGCUGCCGCCAGUGCCUCUCUAUGGCCAGGGAGGGACUCCCUAGCCGCCUCCUCCUCGAUUUUUGCCGCUAGCUCAUCAGGGGAGGCACUCCAGCCGCUGCUCCGCGCUUCUCUAUGGUCCCCGUGGGGGAGCCCGCUGGCUAGGUGCUGCCGGGGACGCUCUAGCCCUGGCUUGAGCCGGUCCCGGCCGGGAGGCGCUCUAGCCGCAGACUCUGUGGCCAGGGAGGCGAUGGAGCUGGCGCUGGGGUUCGAAUUCGAGGAGUCGGUGUUCGCCCAGAGCAGGGACAGGGGCCGGGGCGGCGGCUGCGCGGCCUACACCGCUAAGCGCUGCGAGCCUCAGUGGUUUUGUGAGGAUGCAAACAGCGAGGGCAAUGUUGAAAUUCUAACUGCCAAAAAAUUCAGAGGUGAUUUGGCAUACAGACAAAAAGAGUUUCAGAAAGCCCUGUAUGAGUACUCAAGCUGCUUGCUGCUGUUACCUUCCAGUAACAUUGCAAUGAGAAGAGAUGUCCAAGAGGGCCAGGCUCGGUGUUUAGCUCACCUAGGAAGGCACCAGGAGGCUCUGGAUAUUGCAGAAAAACUGAGAAAUGGGGCAACUAACACAGAUCAUUUAACAACUGUCCUCAACCUUCAGUUUGCCAUUUAUUGUCACCUGAAAAAUAUAGAGAAAAAGAUCACAUGCCUACAGCAACUGAUUUCCUUACAUCCUUUUAACCCAUGGAACUGGAAGCUACUUGCUGAGACUUAUAUGAGCUUUUUACAGACUCUGCCUCCAUCAUUCAUUUCAGAAAUGAAACAUCUUCAAUGCAAAGAUUGUACUGCAAAUAACCACGUUUUCCAAACCUCACCAGGACUGUUUGGAAAAGAAAUGAACCUUCAAUGUCACAAAACACUCAGCGGGAGACAAGAUGUUUGGUCAACACUUUCUACAAAAACAACUAGAGACAACUCAGUAUCUUACAGUGAUAGCCACAUGGUAGAGGGAUCCCUCCAUAUCACAGAAGAAUGUGAAACACGGGACAAAAUGAAACAUGCUACCUUUGAGUUCUGGGGACAGGAAGCAUUGAAAGAUGUUUGGAUAAAGGCAUGUGCCUCCUUUGUUAGAACAAGGCUUUUACUUCAGAUUACACAGUUGCAACAGUCAUCCUUUGCUCUGGCUCAGAAUUUAAAGGUUCAACAGGAAACUGAAGACAAAGUAAAAGGUUUUGGUUUAAAGGAAGAAUCCUUGUUAUUGAUUACUGAGGUUAUGGGGGAGGAUCUCAUUCCAGAAAAACUGAAAGAGGAUGGUCAGGGAGAGAUAAAAUGUGUAGGCCCUUCAGCACUGACAUCCUUGGUAACUACAUCAGCUAUAGAAUUUGAAGGCAAAUGGUUCAAAAAGCUCCAAGACAAUUUGUCACUUUGACAGACAAUUCUUCCCAGAUAUAUAUUCCAGCAUAAGUAAUUUACCGGCUAUUAUUGUAUUUAUUUUUUUUUAUCUUCUCUACCUCUAAUGAUGAUGGAAUAACUUAUGGAAUAAAGUUCAUAUUACUUUAAAAAUAAAGUAAUGUGAUUGUAUGUCAUGUAAGAACAUAUAUUGGCUGCAUUUAUAAUCACCAGUCUCCUUGCAUACUUGUCGGCUUUUUCUUUCUGUGCUACAGCAUUUCCAAUAGACAUAACAGAUCCGGUUUAAAAGUGGACCACGGCAAGUGACAUUCUCAGACUUCAAAGGCAUAUUGCAACACUGAACAUCACAAAGUUUUACUUUUUUGGCACACCUCACCUAGGAUUUCUUUGCAGCUCUGAAGUUCUUAGGGGAAUCUCACUGCAAUAUCUAGCCUGAAAUUUCUUCAGUAUUUGGUUUUAUCUUGCUGUAUUUAGAGCUGUGGAAUUAGCAGUUUCUUAUUUUAAAAUCUGGUGGGUAUGUUUUUAAAAUUAAUAUUUCUUUAUAAGUAGAGAGAUUUCUAUUUCAAAUUCAGAUAGUUGGGAACCUUAAUAUAUUAAGUUGUAUUCAGAACAUUUUCAAUAAGGAGCAACUCUGACUUUGUAAAAAUGUAAUGCAAAAAUGUCCCUUCUAGUCUGCACAAUGAGUCUCUCCAAGACUAAUGGGUUUUCUGUGCAAGUGUAGAACUCACUAUACAUCUCUACUUUUGCUUGUGCAAUAAAAAGUAAUGAGUAAUAAGUUUCUGAGCCUAUACAUAUUGGAGGGAACUUAGUCUGAUAGUACUCUUUGUGAAAUUAUGCAGGAGAAAAAUGCAGCACAGUUGAUCCUACUGCAAACCAGUUCUCUCGUCUGUACAGAUUUUUCAUGUUAAACCUUCAGUUUAUAAUGAAUCCAGACACCUGUUUGCUGUAAGUUUAACAGCAGUGAAAUUACAUGGUUUGGACUUGUUCUGUGCUUUGGAAAAGGCAGAGAUCUUUAUUUGGUUUUCUCUGAUCAACAUAGUUUGCAUUCCAGGCAACCAAGGUGUGCUCUUAAUUUAAAAAAAAAUGUAUUCCCUACUCCUCUUCAAACAUUGAAUGUAUUCUGUUCUCAUUUAGUUUUUCAUUAGCUGUUAACAAAUCAAAAUUUACUCUUUCAGCAUAAUGAUUUUGUCGUCCUGUGGAUUUUCCUUCUCUUGUGCUUGCCUUUCUUUUCAAUGUACUAAAGAAUGCUGAAGCUUUUAAAAACAAAUUCACUGGACUGUCAUCCCACACUCAAAAUCACGCUUCCCUGCUAAUUUUAAAUGGAGUUCCGGACUUUAAAACAAUUGUUCAGAGUUGUCUGUAAUGCUCAGUAAUCAUUUGUGUUCAGUCAAAGUUAAAUAUUGGGCUUCUCCAGGAGGAAAAAAAAAUUGCCUCUCUGUCAUAUCAAAUUAUUUAUGGUGGUUUUGUAAUUUAAUGUUCUUAAACCACAUCCUGGGCAGCUUGUUAUGAAAGGUAGUUGUUUGGCAAGAAUACUUAAAUAUAACCAAGUAUUCCUUUCAGUCAAGUGUGUUCUUUGCUUUUAGAACACUUUAUUGGGUUCUUUUAAAGAGGACACUGAAUAAACUGAUGCUUACACACAAGUCUACUUCAUAGACUGUCAGUUUCUACUCUUGGAUAGGAAGACUUAUGGAAAGCUAGUUACAAUGGUUCUAAAGUGAUCGUUGCAUGGGAGCGCAGUCUUAACUAUAUGCUUUUUAAUACUGUUAAUAAGCAUUUGAAUGCAAUGAUUCUGGUUUCUGGCAGACAUAACCAGUUGUUCACUGCCACAAUUAGCAGAGUUGGAGUGAAGUUUCAUGGUAUUUACCUAAGCCUUUCUCCUCAAGCAAAUGUGAGUGGUGUGUCAGUAUCUUUAUCGGGCUUUGCUGAAAGUUGGGACACUUCUGCAGCUGCUUGUAAUUACAUGUGCUGUUGAUCAUUGGCCAGUUUAGCUUGUGGGAGCCUGUUUAGGAUUUUUGGCUUUAUUUAUUGUUGAAAUUGUAAACUGUAGUCCCCGGCUUAUGAUUUCACAGUAACAAGGAAAACUGUUUAUCGAUUUGCUUACUAGGACGAGUUCCCAAACCACGCUCCAUCUCCUCAGAAAAUUCUGUAAAUAUACAGGCCUUCCAAAGGGUGAAGCAAGUUCUAGAGUAGGACCUCUACUGUAAAGCCAUCCUUCUGCUGUCUCAGCAGAUUUCUACUGCACCAAAAAAGAUACGAUGCAGGACCCAAGUCAGUAAAAGAGUAACUUAUAAAACUUUGAGUUGGAAGUGGAAAUAAAUGUAAAGCCACUACAGGCUUUAGAGACCUAAGCCUAGAGUAUACGCUUGUUGGGCUAGGGCUUGUCUUAUAAUAAGCAUUUACACAGUCACUAGCCCUAACUGGGUCUCUUUGGUAAUAUAAAUACCAGAACACAGGUGCAAUAAGCUCGCUCUGGCAGCUGCAUUUAUACUAACUGAAUUACAAAGCUGGCACUACCCAAAUAUUUUAUUGACCCUUUUGGCACAUCUCUAUUAAAGAUAUGAACAGAACACAUUUGUACCCUAAGUAGGCCAAUAGGCUAUAUGGGCUUAAUCGAUUUCAGUGGAAAUAAAAUCUAAUUUUUCAUUCAGUUUUUGGUUAUGACUGUAUAGAAACAAGUUAUGCUAUUGGAAAAGAUGGUACAAGGCGCACAAGUUGAGAGGAAAGGAAUAAGCAAAGCAUUGCUCACAAAGGGAGUUUAAUGGAGGUCUCUAAAAUCUGUUUUACAAAGAGAAUAGGUUAUGGUUGUCCUGAUGGCUAUUUGUAGAUAACAGAACUAGGUGUCAAUGAAAAUCAAAUAACAGAUGCCACAAAAUGUUUUUGCGAUAUACAAAAAAUUGCAGUUUUAAUCAGUGGCUUAUCAACACAGUUCUGUGCUCUAGUCAUUAUCAUAGAUGUUAGUGGUGAAAGAGGACCAAGAUGGUUAGAGACCAUCUUCCUGCUAGCGCAGGACUAUUCCCUGCAGUACAUUUUCUACUGUUUUGUCAAUUUUACUAAAUAAGGGGCUUCCUGAGGGAGUUUGUUCUACAACUAACACAACUCAUUGCUGGGGGAAAUUUUCUGAUCACUCCCUUUCCCUGCACCACCUCAAACAAUUCCGUUUUUUCCUUAGUGUUUAUACUCUGCAAAUGCUUGAAGGUCUUACUGCAAAAAUCUAUUGCCUAGUGUUACUUCUGGGGGAAUUCUGCACUUCCGUGCAUGUGCAGAAUUAAUGUCCUCUGUAGAUUUUUUUUUUCUCCCCAGAAAAUAGAUUCUCCCAGAGAGACGCUGCAGUUACACCUUUUGCCCUCCAGUACCGGCUGUGGUGCCAGAAGAGAGGGCAGCUGGCUGUGGUCUGGAGCAGCCAGACUCGGAGAGGGAGAAAGAGAGGCUGUGUUCCUCUCAGCACUCUGCCCAUGGGGCCAGAUGAAGGGAUAUGGGGGAGGGGGAAUGGGCACAUGGGUCUGCUGGGGGGUUCAGAAGGGCUAGUGGGGAAACAGAUGGGGAAAGGGGCACACGAGCUAGUGAGGUAACAGCAUUGAGUCAGGGGCUGAAUGGGGGUUGGGAUGCAGAACCUCAUGAGAAUGUGGGGGUGCAGGGCUAUAUGGGGACAGGGUGGAGGGUGGUGGCUGAGAGGUGGUGCAGGGGUGUGGAGGGAGGAGGGAUGGCUGAAUGAGGGUACAGAGAUGUGGGGAGGGGGGAGCAGGGACAUAUGGGUACAGGAGCAGAUGUGCCUGAAUGGAAGAGGCUGGGUGUCAGGGUCUGCAUGGGGGAGGCUCCCCUAAUCCCUAACCAUCCCUCCCUGCCCCCCAAUAACAAACAGGUACAUUCCAUACUUCUCCCACGCACACUCAACAACAUUCCGGGUUCACUGUCUAGCAAUUACUUCCCUCUCCCCCAGCUCCUCCAUUACCCCUGACUCCCCACAAACCUUUGCACUGCUUCUGAGGGAUGCAGGAAAUGUGUCUGUAUUGUAAUUGAAAUGAAUUAUUACUCAAAGUUCUGUAUGCAUAUGCCUAGUAAGGAAUCUAUUUGUCAAAAAACAUUUCCUGAAUCUUCUUUUUCUGUAUUGUUACAUACUUGUGACAGGUAUUUUGAAAUAAAUUAUCAAAAUAAUUGAAA